CUAAAUACUACACUUAUUGCUUCUCUCUAUCUUAUUAUACUCUGCCAGACACUCUUAUGGGCUUAUAGGAGUCUUAUUCUAGUCCCUGUUACGAACCAACAGAACGAAGCGCUGUCCAACACAGCAACACAGGAUGAAACACUACCCCGCAAGAUUGACAGGAUUAGGCAUACAAGGUCACGUGACUUAGGAAGGUCCAUUGAUAAGAUAAGCAGAGGAGUCCAACAAGGACCGUGGAAGGGAGGUCCAGUAUGGACCACGAGAAGAAGGUCCAACAGGGACCGACGGAAGGAAGGAGAUGGAGGACCAAAACAGAAGUUAUAA